AUGAUUAUAACCGAAUGGGAACCCAAACAUCCACCCUUUGAUCCAAAGUUGUACGAGGAAGCCUUACAUCCUGAACUAUGCGCAAAACAAACACAAUAUUUGACUUUGAACGAUACACUUUUACUGAUGACAUUUCUCGAGUCAGGCCCAAGAAUACCGAGAGGGAUUCUGCAAGGAAACUUUCAAGAUCUAGGAAAUUACCACCAAUGCCUUGGUAUUAACAGAGAAAUCGAUGAUAUGGUUAUUGAUGGGAAGUAUUGUCAAUUAAGCGUUGGAUUAUCCGAUCUUGGAAACUUUGGAAAUCCUACUGAAUAUCAAAACGUAAUAAAUGCUGUCGAUACUAUAAAGGAUGAAAUACAUUUAUAUAAUAGAUUCCAAAAAAAUGUUGAAAUUCUGGGUAGCAUACAAAGCGAAAAAAGUUUAAGAACAAAUGAGGUUGACAUGGGUGGUUUACGCUUUACUGUAGCUAUUUGUAUACCUAAGCCUUGCUCGACAAGACGGGCAUUAUCAAAUCUCAUUGGAACUGAGUUGAUCAAUUAUAGGGAACAAAUGUGCCGAUUCAGAAAUGACAAACCCUGGUCACCGGGACUUUAUGUGGCUAUUGUUGUCUUCAGUUUAAUUGGAAUUCUGGCCAUUCUUAGUACCAGCUACGAUAUCUGGAAUACUGUAAUUCAGAAACGAGAUCCCAAAGCGCUCAAUACAAUUUGUCUCUCCUUCUCAGUAUACACAAAUUCUCGUCGCCUAGUCACGUAUAAACCAGUUCGCGGUUCUUUAGAAUGUGUGGACGGCAUCAGAGCAAUAACUAUGUCUUGGAUUAUACUUGGACAUACAUUUACUCGUCUUCCACCUAUCAUGAAUUUGCUGGAAGCUUUUCAGAUUGCUAUGUCAUUUCGUUCAUUUUGGAUGACUUCUGCCGAUAUUAGUGUGGAUACAUUUUUCAUGCUAAGCGGUUUGCUAGUCGUCUACACUACUGUUGGAAAAAUUAGUAGCAUGAAACUAUUAAAGAACCUCCAUCUUUUUUACCUCAAUCGAUAUCUACGAAUGUUUCCUCUACUAGCCAUUACCAUAUUGCUGCAAACCGGUGUGUUACAUUAUAUUUAUGAUGGCGCAAUGUGGAGUUUUGUAGCUAGUGCGACUGCGAUUUGUAGAACGAAUUGGUGGUUAACAUUACUUUAUGUGCAAAAUUUUUUCCCACCAUUGUGUAUAGGUCAUACCUGGUACUUGGCGAUUGAUAUGCAACUACACAUUCUGUCUCCACUGGUCUUAUUCUGGGUAUUGUCAGGAAAACAAAAUCGCGCCUGGUCGGCUUUGAUAGCUGCUUUAUUAAUUUGUCUCACUGCGACGUCACUUUACAACUUCUUGAACAAUUUUGCUGGUUCUACUGUACGACCUACACUGAGCCUAGAUGAAGCUGAAAGAUAUGGAAUGUACUAUUACGUCAAUACAUUAGCAAGAUCUUCACCUUUCUUUGUCGGAAUGUGCUUCGGAUACUUGAUCCAUUACUGGCGAGAUAAGAAUAUUCGUUUGUCAAGGAUUUCAAAUUUCAUAUUAUGGAUCGUCAACUUAACCGCAAUGUGGUUGGCAAUCUACUCGACCGAGCCCAUGAAAAAUAUUGACUACGAUAAUCAAAUUUUCGAUAAUUUUGUGAAUUCUUAUAGGCGACCUGUAUGGGCUUGUGGACUUGGUUGGAUUAUUCUUGCAUGCGCUGAAGGUUACGGAGGCCCCAUCAACUGGUUCCUGUCACUGAGAUUUUGGAAAUUGUUGUCUCGGCUUUCGUAUGCGAUGUAUUUGUUGCAUGUGCCUAUACAAUUUGUUAUAAUCGGAGCAGCUACGCAACAUAUUUACUUUUCCACAUUAUAUAUUAUGUACAUUUUUUGUGGUCAAUAUGUGAUAUAUUUCAUAUUCAGCUUUAUUUUCACAAUUCUGGUGGAUUCUCCGUUUUCUAACAUUUUCAAGAUAGUAUUAGGAAGCGGUAUCAAAAAAUCUAAUCCAGACCCACGAGGUGAUGAAAAAACAUCCGAAAAUCCACUUGUGGCUAGACAGCAGGAAAAAGAAUUAACCAACGAGCAAAACAAAAACUUGUAA